ACAAUAUUUAAAAUUAAAUGAAACUAAUAUUUCGUACCGUUAAAAAGACAUAGAAGAGCAAAAUUCGUUUGUUUUUGCUACACAACAAUUACGACUGGAAAAUAUUAAAAUGAAGAAUGAAAGUUUUGAUAGCAAAGGUAUUAUCUUACCUUCGACUGCAGUGGCAAUUAAAGUAACAAACAUUCUAACACCAUAUUUUAUAAGAAUCUGCAAACGCAAAGACUAUGAAAAGAAAUUAAAUUUGAUUAAUAAUAAAUUAUUAUUGCUAAGAAAGAGAGGAAUAUUUAAUAAAGACACAAAUCACGCAGAACCAAAGAUCGGAGAUGUGAUUAUAGUAUGUGAUAAAUUUAAAAAUGUUAAUCUUCCUGCCUGGUUAUGUCGAGGAAUUAUUAGUAAUGUUUUGAAUGAUACAGAAAAUAUAUAUAAUGUUUUUUUAUCCGAUUAUGGAAUAUCAGUUGAAUUGCAUAGAGAUGAUUUUUUUAUAUCUUCAACUGGCUUGAUUGUAGAAGAAUAUUUGAGUUCUACUGUUGGUUUAUAUAAUGUUUUACCUACUGUGCUAAAGCAUAACUCAUCAGUAGAAGGGAACACUUCACUUCUGGUAUUACAGGAAUGGAGUGAAUCAGCAGUUCAGUACACAAAGGAAUUAAUUGUUGCAUCCAGUGCAAUUUAUUUUGAUCACUUAGCAUCCGAUGAGUGUGGUAGACAGUAUGGCGAAUUUUAUCUGAAUAUCGAAGACACUCUAAUAAGAUUAAGCGAAGCUUUAAUUCUCAAUAAUCAUGCCAUUUACAUACAAGAAGACAUAAUGAAAUUUAUAGAAGAUCCUAAGAACUGCGAAAAAUUACAUAAAGAAGUGGUAAAUGAUGAGACUAUAUAUUAUAUGAAUAUUUUGAAAGAGUACAAAAGAGAACAUGAAUUCGAUAUACAUAAUGAAAGUUAUAUAAGAACGCGAAAUAAGUUUAAAGUAAAACAGCGAUCGCAUAGUGACCUAAGAAAAGGGAAAGAAAAAGUAUUAAUUUAUGGCAGAAACAAAUAUGAAUGCUUGGGUACAAUUUCAGAUCUAAGAUUCCCUACUGAAAUACAUAAGGCUUGGAAAUCACUGAUAAACUCGUCCAGUCCAACGAAAAUUCAGUCAUAUAUUUUACCUGCAAUAAAAAACGGUUUAGAUGUAAUAGCAAUUGGAGCAGCAAAAUCUGGUAAAACUUAUGGAUACGUACUUGCUGUCUGUGGACUCCUGGCUUCAAAGCUAAAUCUUCCACAAGGUGUGAAUCCAGUUGCAUUAAUAUUAUGCUCGUCUUCGUCUGAAGUAUUGGAAGUUUCUUCCUUGUGUACAGAAUUUUUACAAAACUACAAAACUAUUAGAUGUGUUGCUGCAAUUAAUGGUAAAUCAGAGAGAUCAUUAGUGGCUGAAAUGUUUAAUGGAUGUCAGAUUUUAGUAUCCACGCCAAGAUUUAUAACACGUUUUAUGGAUGAAAACAGAAAAUUGUUGAAUUUUGAAAAUCUUCGAUGCUUAAUUUUGGACGAUGGUGAUGUUAUUUUGGAAAAAUACUUUGACUCUAUCGGCAAAUUGUUUAAGAAACAUAAAAUUAUUUGUAACAGAGAAUUAAAACAUGCGAAUGUAACAUUACAAAUUAUAGUGACUGCAAAACAUUGGACGCCGCAAAUUAAAAAACUGGCAACUAUUUUAAUGGACUAUCCAUACAUAUGUGUAGCAUCUUUCAUAGAAGCUACAGUUUUUAAAUCUGUACACCCAAAAAUGUACAUAGUGAAUACAAAAAGUAAAGAUAAAAAAGUUUUAGACUUAUUGGGCAACAAAUGUUCUACAUUGAGAACUAUAAUAGUGUGUACAGACAGUGAUGAGGCUAAAACCUUACACAAAGUUUUAGAACAGUCCAAUAAAGACAUUCUUUUAGUACAUGAUAAUACGAAUUUUGUUCAUUUACAAGGUAUUAAACAAUAUUGGGACGCUUGUGUAAAUGAUUCCUAUCCAGUUCUUAUAUGUACAGACGAAGUCUUGUCAGAAUUAAAUAUUACAAAUGCAAUGUGGUUAAUACAUUAUUCAAUCUCCCUACGCUGGAAGACGCAAUUCAACUUUCGUUUCUCAACACUUUACGAUAGUUUGCAGGAGCAAAAGCCCAGAUGUAAAGUAUCUAUUAUAGUGGAUGAAAAUAGCGAUAUACAAUUUUUGAGUAUAAUAAGCAUACUGCAACGUAUGAAUGUUGUAAUUCCUAGGAAUAUAUUAGACACCAUUGAGCAUACAGAAGCAAUGUUAGAGAAAAACAAAGAAAAUUAUCCUAUGUGCAAUAAUAUGAAGUUAUGGGGAUUUUGUCAUAAAAAAUACUCUUGUGCGCUGAGACAUAGAAUUAUUUCAGAAAUCGAUACACCAACUAUAGAUAUUCGAAUAUUCGACAAAGUAAAGUUUAGAGUAGUCAGCAUACACAGUGUCACACAAAUUUCUGCUAGGAUUAUAUCGUACAUUAAACACGAUACAUUGGAAGAAAUCGAAUUCUCAAAUGUAGAAUACAUGCAAAUUACUAUGAAAAUUCAAGAGUUCUAUUCAUGCGUAGAUAACAGGAGAAGAUGUGAGACAAUAGAUGUGGGAAGUAUAUGUGGUCUAGAGGAACCAGUAGACAGUUUUAAAAGAGUACAAAUUUUACAUAUCGAGAGAGAAGACAAGACCGAUAAACCAAAGUAUGCAGAUGUAAGAUGUAUUGACAAUGGUGUACUUCUAACAAAAGUGAAUGUAUAUAGAUUGUUACACAUGCCAGAAGAAUUUAGAAAGUAUCCAACACAAGUAAUAGAAGUAUUUCUUGCUGGCAUAGCUCCAUAUGACAAUGAAUAUGUUUGGAAUCAUUGCGCAAUUGACGCUGUAUUUCAAUGGUUUAAAGAAAAUAUUGACGAAAGGUCUUACGUAAUUGGAACGGUAAAUCUACACUUAAAAAAUACAAUAUGGGUGAACACACUGGAAGUUGGAACAAAAUUGAUUGGAUAUAAAGAUAUAGUUGGUUCUUCUCUGAAAACAGAGUUGUUGAGAAGCGAUCAUGCUGUUGAAAAUCUUAAACAUUUAAAAGAAAUGUAUCAACUUUGCAAAGACGCUGGUUUAUCGGAAAUUAAUGGGUGUAAUUUAGAUGUUUUAAUAAAUAAACAAGCAUAA